CACAAAGAAAUUAAGAAGCAGUAGCAGCCAUGGGCGAACGAGGAGUAGUGCUACUGCAAUUCACGGUUAUAUGGAUGCUAUUGGCAGCCAUGGCAGCACCGGCAGCUGCUCAAGCCAAGCCCCGCUGCCUGGAUCGCUGUGGCAACGUUAGCAUCCCAUACCCAUUUGGCACAACCAAAGACUGCUACCACAGUGAACAAUUUCUGUUGAACUGCAACGAUUCUGUAGUGCCUCCCAAACUAACCAUAGGGAAAGGUGUAGAGGUGGUGAGCAUCUCCCCGGAAUUAGGUGAGUUGCAAAUCUUGAACUAUGUGGGCAGUGAUUGUUAUAAUAGUUCUGGCGGGCCGGUUUACGAGAACGACCCCAUGCUGCGUUCAGGCCGAGGUUACACAAUCUCUGGAAGGAACAAGUUCAUUGCAGUUGGCUGCGACACCUACGCGAUUGUUCGGGCUUAUAAAGGUGAAGAAAGGUACACAACUGGGUGCAUGUCCGUAUGUGAUAGCAUCACAAAUGUAAAAAAUGGAUCUUGCUCUGGGAUUGGUUGUUGUGAGACCUCCAUUCCUGAAGGAACUACCAAUUUUACUGUUAAGUUAAGCAGCUAUAAUAACCACAGAAGCGUUUGGGCCUUCAAUCCCUGCAGCUAUGCUUUUGUUGUUGAAGAAACACACUUCAAGUUCUCUACCAAUCAAUUUACGGAUCUCAAAAAUACAGAACAGCUUCCCGUGGUGUUCGACUGGAGAAUAGGCAAAGAAAUGUGCAAGGCAGCACGAAAAACCGAGACUUACGCCUGUAAGGAGAAAAGCGAGUGCUACGAACCCGAUGAUUGGUCCGGCUAUCUUUGCAAGUGCUUGGAUGGUUACCAUGGGAAUCCUUACCUCCCUGGUGGUUGCGCAGAUAUUAAUGAAUGUGAUGAUCCAAGCCUCCAUAAGUGUGUAAACAAAGCAAGGUGCAUGAACACCCCAGGGAAUUACACUUGUUCUUGCCCCAAGGGGUACCAUGGGGGUGGCAGAGAAGAUGGUGAUGGCUGUAAUCCAAAUAAGUUGCAAGUCAUUCAGGUUGCCCUCGGUGUCAGCAUUGGCGUUAUAUCAUUACUAAUGGGUAGCUCUUGGUUAUACUGGGGACUCAAGAAAAGGAAGUUCAUUAAACUCAAAAAGAAGUUCUUUGAGCAAAAUGGUGGUUUAAUGCUGCGCCAACAACUGUCUAGUCAAGAAGGAUCCAAUGAAACAGUUAAAAUCUUUUCUGCUGAAGAGCUUGAGAAGGCUACCGACAAGUAUGCUGAGAAUAAAAUCAUUGGUCAAGGGGGAUAUGGAACAGUUUAUAAAGGAACUUUAAUUAAUGGGAGAAUAGUUGCGAUCAAGAAGUCGAAGAUGGUGGAUAAAAGUCAAAUUGAGCAAUUCAUAAAUGAAGUGCUUGUGUUGACUCAAAUCAAUCAUCGAAAUGUAGUAAAGCUUUUGGGUUGUUGCUUAGAAACAGAAGUUCCUCUGCUAGUUUAUGAAUUCAUCACUAAUGGCACCCUCUUCGACUACAUACAUAAAGAGAAGAAGAUAUCCACCAGUUCCUGGGAAGUUCGCUUAAGGAUUGCUACUGAAACUGCCGAAGUCCUAUCAUAUUUACAUUCUGCAGCAUCAACACCAAUCAUUCAUAGAGAUGUUAAAUCCACUAACAUACUUUUGGAUGACAAUUACACAGCAAAAGUUUCAGAUUUCGGAGCUUCAAGGUUGGUUCCCCUAGAUCAAACUCAAUUGUCUACAAUGGUGCAAGGUACUCUUGGAUACUUAGAUCCUGAGUAUUUGCUUACGAGCCAGUUGACCGAAAAAAGUGAUGUUUAUAGUUUUGGAGUUGUCCUUGUGGAGCUAUUAACAGCAAAAAAGGUACUUUCAUUUGAUGGACCUGAAGAGGAGAGAAGUUUAGCUAUGUAUUUUCUUUCUUCAUUGAAAGAUGAUCGUCUUUUUCAAGUUCUUGAUGAACGCAUAGUGAACGAGGAAAAUAUUGAGCAGUUAAAAGAAACUGCUAACCUUGCAAAAAAAUGCUUGAAAUUAAAAGGAGAUGAGAGGCCUACUAUGAAAGAAGUAGCAAUGAAGCUAGAAAGAAUGAGAAUGGUGGAAAUGCUUCCAUGGACUGAUCCAAACGAGAAUGAAUACUUACUCGGUGAAUCUUCCCAUAUAGUUGAUAAUGGUUGUAGUAUUGGUUCCACAAAUACUGCAUACGACAGCUUAAAGGGCCAUAUAAUGCUACCCGUGAAAGAUGGAAGUCCAAGAAUCCAGGCUUAUAUAAUAUUUAAAAUCGAAAUGACAAAGAAAAUAUAUAGCCCACACUCGCCCUCCCAAAGGCUAAAGCAAAGCAUAGAGGCCAGCAAACACCCGGAUGACAUCGACCCCUUUUUUCUGCCUUUGAGCUCAUCCUCAAGCCGCCGGAAUCGAAUUCUGAUACUCCAACAAUUCGCUUCAAAUCAGGCUUCCAGCAACAGGGCAUCCAUGAAUCUACACGCUGAGUUUCUAUGGGCUAUGAUGUUAGCAGCAACAGCGGCAUCCCUAACCAUUCGACCCGACUGUGAAGGGGACUGUGGGAAUGUUAAUAUACCAUAUCCCUUUGGCACUAGAGACGGUUGUUUCCUGAACGAGGAUUUCUUUAUAAAUUGUAGUCGCAAUUCCACCCAUUCGCAGCCGCUUCUACGGAAAGGCAACUUCAUGGUCCAAGAGAUAAUGCUGGAGAAUCAUGAAUUGCGGGUCCUCAGUCCUGUAGCUAGGAGGUGCUACAACAAGACCGGCUAUCUAGUGAAAAACACACUCGUCUCGGGCAAUUUAAAGUUGUUUCCCUUCUCCAACAAGCGUAACAAGUUCACGGCUGUUGGGUGUGACACUGAAGCACUCUUCCGUGGAGAAAACGUCACUACCGGCUGUUUAUCGGUUUGCAAUAGCACCGAUAGUGUAACUAGUGGGUCUUGCACUGGAAUCGGGUGUUGCCAGACCUCCAUUCCCAAAGGUCUCCUCAAAUAUAAUGUCACCGUCCACACCUAUCACAACCACACUUUUACCUGGAGCUUCAAUCCCUGUAGCUAUACUUUCUUGGUGGAGGAAGGGUCUUUCAAUUUCUCCACGGCAGAUCUUAUAGAUCUACAAAAGAUAGAUAAGGUAUCAACGGUGCUGGAUUGGGCAGUUGGGAAUCAAACAUGCGAAGAAGCUCAAAAGAACUCGACAAGUUACGCAUGUAAGGAGAAUAGCAAUUGUACUAAGUCGGAUAAUGGUCCUGGGUAUCGCUGCUAUUGCUCUGUUGGCUACCGAGGGAACCCAUACCUCCCCAAUGGCUGCUAUGAUGUUGACGAGUGUGAAGAUCCAAAACUCAACGACUGCACCGACCGCUGUACUAACACUAUAGGAGGUUACAAUUGCUCUUGCCCAUGGGGUCACCAUGGGCAUGGGAGAGGCAAAGAUGGUUGCACCGCGGAUCAAUUGCUAUUCAUUAAGAUUACUAUUGGUGUAGGCAUCGGUCUUGUAGUAUUGUUGACAAGUAGCUCAUGGUUGUAUUGGAUACUCAAGAAAAGGAAGUUUCUCAAAGUCAAAGAAAAGUAUUUUCGACAAAAUGGUGGUUUGAUUUUAGAACAACAAUUUUCUAAACGAGAAGGAUCCAGUGAAAGAAGCAAGAUUUUUACCGCAGAAGAGCUUGAAAAAGCCACCAACAAAUAUAAUGAAAGCAAAAUCAUUGGUCAAGGAGGAUACGGUACUGUUUACAAAGGAAUUUUAAGUGAUGGUAGAGUGGUUGCUAUCAAGAAGUCAAAGAUGGUGGAUCAGAGCCAAGUUGGGCAAUUCAUAAAUGAGGUAGUUGUUCUAUCCCAAAUCAAUCAUAGAAACAUAGUCAAGCUCCUAGGUUGUUGCUUGGAGACAGAAGUUCCUUUACUUGUUUAUGAAUUUGUUACAAAUGGCACAUUGUUUGACUACAUUCACAAAGAAAACAAAGUGUCCCCCAUUUCAUGGGAAACACGUCUAAGAAUUGCUGCAGAAACUGCUGGAGUGUUAUCAUAUUUACAUUCAACAGCAUCUCCACCAAUAAUCCAUAGGGAUAUUAAAUCUAAUAAUAUUCUUAUGGACGACAAUUAUACUGCAAAAGUGUCCGAUUUUGGAACUUCAAGAUUAGUUCCACAAGAUCAAAUGCAGUUAUCUACCAUGGUACAAGGAACUUUGGGGUACUUGGAUCCUGAGUAUUUACAGACAAGUCAAUUGACUGAGAAAAGUGAUGUUUAUAGUUUUGGAGUCGUCCUUGUGGAGCUAUUAACAGGAAUGAAGGCACUUUCUUUUGACAAAUCUGAGGAAGAGAGAAGUCUAGCUAUGUAUUUUCUUUCUUCUUUGAAAGAAAAUCGUUUAUUUCAACUUCUUGAGGACAAUAUAUUGCACGAGGUAAAUGGUGAAGAACUCAAAGAAGUUGCUUUGCUUGCAAAGAGAUGUUUGGAAUUAAAAGGUGAAGAUAGACCUACUAUGAAGGAAGUAGCAAUGGAACUUGAAGGUAUGAGAAAAAUGAAAAUGCAUCCAUGGAUUGGUGAAUUGAAUUUAGAAGAGACGACUCACUUACUUGAUGAAUCCUCAAAUACUUAUCAGUAUGAUACUAAUGGUAAUGUCACGACUGUGUAUGAUAGCAUUAGGGAUCAUAUAACAUUACCAUUACAUGAUGCUAGAUAAGAUAUUUAUGUGUGAUUAUAUUAUCUUUUAAUAUGUUAUGCCCUCACUCUAUCUCAAUGUUUCAAGAUACUAUUAGAAAUAAAUGAUCAUCUCUCUCUUUCCCAUUCCA